AUGUGGUAUCUCAUCACAACCCAAAAGCUUCUCUUGCAGUAAUAUCAUCACUACAACGUAAAAUCCCUUUACUCCUAUCGAUCGUUUUCCAAAUUCAUCAACAGAAACUCAAAUGGCCACAGCAACAUCAUCAUCCUCAACCGUUGAACCUCCAAAGUAUGGAAGACUCAUCACAAUUCUCAGUCUCGAUGGAGGGGGAAUUAGAGGAAUCAUCCCUGCUGUCAUUCUUGAUUACCUUGAAUCUCAACUUCAAGCACUAGAUGGCCCAGAGGCACGUCUUGCAGAUUACUUCGAUGUGAUGUCGGGUACAAGCACAGGAGGUCUUAUUACAACCAUGCUAUCAGCUCCCAAUACCCAAAACCGCCCUUUGUAUUCCGCUAAACAGAUUGUCCCUUUUUACCUCGAGCACUCUCCAAAAAUUUUCCCUCAGUCAAAGGGCAUAUUUGGUUCAAUUCUUGGAUCGGUGCAAGAUGCAACGGGACCAAAAUAUGAUGGAAAAUAUCUUCAUAAUCUGGUCCAGAAACUGUUGGGGACGACGAGGUUGCAUGAAACUUUGACUAACAUAGUCAUUCCUGCUUUCGACAUCAAGAAGCUCCAACCUACUAUAUUUUCCUCUUAUCAGGCCCCGGCGAGUUCAGCCAUGGAUGCUCGCCUGGCAGACAUUGCUAUAGCGACGUCAGCAGCUCCAACAUACCUUCCUUCUCACUAUUUCACUAACCAAGACAAGGAUGGAAAGACUGAAGAAUUUCAUCUCAUUGAUGGUGGUGUGGCUGUUAAUAAUCCGUCUUUCGUUGCUAUCAGUGAAAUAACUAAAGAAAUCGCGAAAAAAAAUUCGAGUUUCGAGUCGAAUACUAAGCCAUUGGAUUACACUCGUUUUUUGGUGAUCUCAUUGGGAACGGGUUCGAACAAGACUGAACAGAAGUACAAUGCUAAACUUUCUGCCACGUGGGGACCUUUAUCAUGGAUAUAUUACAAUGGAUCAACUCCUAUUAUUGAUGUUUUCUCUGAAGCAAGUGUUGAUAUGGUUAAUUACCACAACUGUGUGUUUUUCAAUGCCUUAGGUUCUGAUGGUAACCAUCUCCGAAUUGAUGAUGACACACUGAAAGGGAAUCUUUCCUCGGUGGACAUAGCAACAAAAUCAAACUUGAACAAUCUAGUGGAAGUGGGCAAGAAACUACUCAAAAAACCACUUUCACGCAUUAACUUGGCCACCGGUCUUUACGAACCAGUCAAAAACUCCACCACUACCAACGAGGAUGAACUCAAAAGGUUUGCAAAGCUACUGUCAGACGAAAGGAGGCUCCGACAAUCCAAUGCAAAAGAUGCUUAAUUAUAAUAAUAAUAAGUGCUUCAUCAAGUUGAUCGAUAAAACCAAAAUUAAUAAAGCUUAGCUUGAUCAACUAGCUCUUGUUUGUAUAAUUACCAAUUUGGGAUUAUUAUUAUUAUCACUUUUAUGUAUGUGUGAUUUAUUACUUUACUUUUGGAUUGAAAAACUCUUGUUGUUACUAUUGUUGUUGUUUGGUAAUAGUAUAAAGUACUGUUGUUAAA